AUGUCGUUUCUCAAAUCGUUCGUCUUUGGCGGACUCUUCCUCUUCCAGCUUACUGAAGCCAUUCCCUUCCAUUGUCCAAAUGGCACCAACACCACCCAUCUCCAGGCCCGCAAGCUGUUCCAAUUGGCCGACGGCCAUGUGUCGGACGGUAUCGAAAAGCGCGCCAUGUUCAACGUCGACCAGAUCACGGAUGAGGGAAAGCAGAAAGCCCUUACCCAGGGAUUGAAGGACGCUGUCGAAAUCGCCAAGGUGACGCUCGAUAAAAUGGACAAGGACAGGCACGCGGACAAGAUCAAGGCAUGGUUUGGCGAAGGUGACGGCUAUUACGAACUCGUCCAGCAGGUGUUCAGGAACUUUGUCGGCGACAACGAUGACCACGAGGGUGCUGAUGUACUCGGCAACGUCAUUGUCCACCAGGACGAUUACAACAACGACCUCGGCAGCCCCUUUUGUUCCAUCGUGAAGCCCGAUGGCAAGAGAGGAACCGCAUACUACAAGAAGAAAGACGGCAAGCCUGGCAUGCACUUCUGCGAUAGGUACUACGAGCGCCAGGACGCCGAAGCCUAUCUCGCCGACAAGUGUUCUGGUAUUCCCACCAAGCUGGAUACCGAUCACAUCGGCCGUGCUUUCCAAGGCGCAAAUGUCCUCCAUGAAUUCAUGCACUACCCCAAGGUCGGCUUGGAAGCCACAGGCAAACAGAUCACGGACAUUGCCUAUGGCGCAUGGAACUGCUACAACGCUAAGAACGACGACGCUGUCAAGGCCAGGAUGGAAGAGAAAAACCUCCAGCUCAUCCAUAACGCCGAUACCUAUGUCUACUACGCCAUGCACAUCUACCUUGAACAUGUUUGCGACCGUACCUUCGACUACCCGGAUUCCACGGAUAAAUAG